AAAAGCUCCCAAAGCCUUCAUGAAAUGCGAUGGUGUAUUUCUAUUCCGCACACCAUCGUUGCACUGUAGUCUUGCAUAACAAUCAUGACAGCUAAACGGGUUUAACGCGUGCAGACCCGAGAACUACUCUAUGUACGAUGAACACUGAGGACAAGUUGGAAGGCAUGCUGCUCAAGUGCAGCAGCGGAGGCAUCGACGUAGGUGGGAGAGUUGGCCUUGGCGGAGGAGGAUCGCUGGUGGUGAUGACCCUCGGGGAACGGUCGCUGGCAGACCACCCUCUGCUGGCCGAGGACGACGACGACGAGGAUGACGACGAGGACUUGACCGGAAGCUCGCUGGUUACUCACGACCUGGUUCCCCCGGAGCAGCUGAUGAUGCAAGAGGAGAUGACAAAGAAUGGAGGAGGAGAGGAGGAUGGAGGAGGCGAGGUGGGAGUGCAUUCCCCCCUAAAACUCACCAAUAAGUUGCCCUGCUUGCUUCAUAUGCCACUGAACAUCAAGCAGGAGCUGAAGCUGUCCGAGCCGGCGGCCCAUAUAAAGAAGGACAAAAAAGCAAUUAAGGACCUGAUGGUGUGUCCCAAGAAGAAGAAGAGGAAGCAGCGCUCACCAGCAAAGAUUCUCAGCGUUGAUGACGAUGGAUCAAUGACCAUGCCAAACCCCAAGUGUCACGUUUGUGUUCACUGUAAUGCUGCAUUCAGGACUAACUACCAUCUACAGAGACACGUCUUCAUUCACACUGGUGAGAAGCCGUUCCAGUGCAGCCAGUGUGACAUGCGCUUUAUUCAGAAAUAUCUUCUCCAGAGACACGAAAAGAUCCACACAGGUGAGAAGCCUUUUCGCUGCGACGAGUGUGGGAUGAGAUUCAUCCAGAAGUAUCACAUGGAGAGACACAAGAGGACUCAUAGCGGAGAGAAGCCCUACCAAUGUGACUACUGUCACCAGUACUUUUCCAGAACAGACCGGGUUUUAAAGCACAGACGAAUGUGUCACGAGAACAGAGAGAGGAAGACGAACAAGACCGCUGGUAAAGUUGGACCUAUGCGCGAUGCGGAUUCGUUAGGGGCCCCCUUUCUUGCCAAAGAGUGUUCACUGCCCAAGAAGAAGCGCCAAAAAUGUGCAGACAAGACUUCGGGCGCUUCCACCGCCGCCCAGAUGGAAGGGCCGACGUUUGCCGUGGUAGAAACUGAAGAGAAGGAGGAGCAGAGGCCGACUAAAAUCGAUGGUCUGUCGCUAUAUGACGUGUCCUCCAAAGUCAAACAUGAGUAUGUGAUCACGGACUACUCUGUGGAACUCCCCGAAGAAACUGCUAGCCAAGACCAAGAAGACGAAGAAGUGUCAUCAGAAGAGACGACGACUCCUCCCAAACUAGUCCUGAAGAAAGUCCCCAAGAGGAGUCACAAACAAUCGAGUGAACAAACCUCCCCCUGCUUGUCAACUUUGUCCUCCUUUGAGGAAAACAGCAAGGUCCCGCAGUACACCUUUGAAAUCGUGGACAAGCAAAGCCUUUUAGAUGUAGAAGGCCACACCGAACUCGAGUCAGUCGAAACUCUUCAAGGGGGACCGACGAAACCAGCAGCCAGCAGCACAAACUACGACGACGCCAUGCAGUUCCUCAAGAAGAAGCGUUAUCUUCAAGCCGCGAUGGCCAACAACAGUCGGGAUUACGGCCUGAACACGAGCAGCAUCUCGUCUCAGCCGCCUGUUACACAAACCGUGGUGUCGACCGUCAUCGACGAAACGGUCCCCGCCACCAUUCUGGAGCCCCAGCCAAUCAACGCAGAGAUUAAGACGACUCAUGACAAGAAUGUAUUGCCCGACGAGGUCCUCCAGACGCUGUUGGACCACUACGCCAACAAAGCAAAUGGGCAGUCGGACAUUUCCUUCAGCGUGGCCGACACCGAGGUGACGUCGAGCAUAUCUAUUAACUCCUCCGACGUUUCGGACAGCAGCCCCGUGGAGAGCCUCGGGGCCUCCAGUGCCCAGGCUCUGCCGCCCACUGAGAAGGUCAGCCUCUUGCAAGAAUACUCCAAAUUUCUCCAGCAAGCAUUGGAGAGGACCAGUCAGAACGACAGCUACCUGACCAGCCAGAGCCUCAGCUUGGUCUCGGAAAACCCCACGUUAGCAGGACAACCUCUGUUCUCUACGGAGAAACAGUUUCCUUCCCCCAGCAGGUUCAAAUCAGGUAUGAGCUCUCCACUGAGGUCCACUUUAGAGAAACCUCACUUUGGAUUACUGGUUGGGGACUCCCAGCACUCGUUUUCAUUUUCAGGUGAUGAGACCACCCCUCCUUCCGCAGUGUCCCCAGCCGAGGAGGACUUCCUGGAGCAGGUCUCGCCCUCCAAAAAGACAGACUCUCCACAAGGGAUACUGCAGACUUUUCAGAUAAGCUCCUUCGAUCAGAACUUCAAAUCUCAUUUCCAGACGCCGCGAUCUGGAUCCUCUUCGCAGUUUACUGUUGCCAAUGGACAAGUGAGUGUCCGAGGACACAGCACAGACUUCUCAGAGUUCCCUUUAGUUCGAGUCACUGAGACCAGGUCUCAACUGAACUCCUCCCCAGAUGUGUCGACCAGUGAAUCGUUCGGUUGAAAAGGGGGGGGGGGGGGGAGAAUUCAUUUCUGUUAAUAAUUUCAGCUGCACUUUAUUCCAUCUCUCCUGUUUUGCCAAAACAAGUCCCAUUGCAAAUAUGUGCUCUUUCUUAAAAACCGUCUGUUCGUGAAGAUAUUCAUGUAUCGUUUGUUUGUUUUUCUCAACCUAAAUGUUAGCCUCACAAAUGGAAAAUACUGAAAAUUCAUCGAAUCAAAUUUUGCGUUUCCCCCUUGAAAAGCUACUUCUUGCUCCAGAAUGUACAGAACAUCAAGAGAUUAAGCGACCAAAGUGUAAUUCAUGAGAUUGAUUCUUAUUCUCUCAUACCAUUGCCAUAGAGUUUAUUUUUAAUGUUGGUUUCAAUCAGUUUGCCUUGCACAAAAAACCGUGAGGUCACCCUUGCUGCUUAAAGCAACACUUAUUAAAACGUAGGCUGUCUAUGUCUGCCUUUCUGUCAUUACUGUAGCUACCUCCCCCCUAAAGCCACAGGACUUUUAUUCAGUAGUUGAACCUUUUUAUUACAGCAGUGAAAUAGUAUCAUGAAAUGACACAAUGUUAAGAAACUUAUAACGCAAUCAUUUUUCACUUUAUUUAAAGACACUUUAUCCUCUCCUGACAUUAGCACAUCCACAGGAUGUGCGCGACGAUUGAGUGAUUGUAUUUAUCUAAUCUGGAAUCUAGUUCAUAUUUCCACUUUAACAUUGGGUUUAAUUCAGUUGGUGUGAUGGCCAGAGCAGUUCACGCUGAUAGCUAGGGUUAACGUACUCCCUUUGGGCUUGGAUUACUUGGCACUGAUUGUAUAAAUGUGAUUCUAGCACAAGAUAGGCUCCCCUCCCCCUCAAAAGAAAAAAAAAAAAACACAACAAAAAAACUUGGGCCUCAAAUAGCUGCACACAUGUAAUGGCUGCAGGAUAAUUCUUCUUUUCCUUUAGUAGUAAUAUGUAACUCUUAGUGAAAUGACUUAACAGGAUUGUGCUUAGUGUUUGCACAAUUUGCACAUUCUUCACUACAGGGGAUGUAGUGCGUACUUUCACGGUGGACGGCUUCCAUUAUACUUAGGAGUCAACUUUUGGUUAAAUGAGAUUUGAUCAAACGAACCACUCAAUGGAAACUUGCGUGUCAAACUAUUUGAAAUGACACACUAUGCUCUUUGCUCGCGGCUGCAGUUUUAAAGUGCGUCGUGUUGUUGUUCUUGGAAGACAGGUCGCGGCGACCGUGGGAUGAGGAGCCCGUGUAUUCAUUGACCAUCAAAGUUUAAUUAUAACUAUAUUAUGAAUUAUACAGCACAUGUAGAGAUGAGGUGCUUGGUUUUACAGUCUUGUUCAUUUUUCAUCUGUGCCUUUCUUUCUUUUUUUUUUUUUUUUUUUUUUAAUUCUGGCAUUUCCUUCACUCAUUCCUGUACAUGUAAACCUUUUUACUCAGUCUGUGCUCUAAGGCUACUAAUUCCACUUGCACAAUGACAGCAAACACAUAAGCAUUUAACUUAUUCACUCUGUAAUAUAUUGAGAUACGGGAGCUGUAUUUAAUUUUGCCGGUCGUGUUUCUUUAUUUUUUUAAGAAGUAUCAAGUUAAAUUGUCAAACUAUUAUCUGUGGUUGGGAGGAAAUGGCGUCUCGCUGACGGACAUGUCUCGGGUGACUGUAGGUUUAACGGUAAUCGCCUUUUUUUUUGCUAGAAUUUAGUCGUGAGACAGAUCCAUCCGGGACUUGUCGAAAACCAUGCAGUUCUAAAUACACGAGUGAAGUCUCUUCUGUGCUUCAUCACACUGUUGAUUGUUUUCCGUGUGUACAUGUAUAUGUGACGUCUUAGGUGCUAUUGUGUUAAACACUGUCUUUAUACGCGCCAUCCAGCUUGGGUUUUGGAACCGAUGUUAAGCUCCCUCUUGUUAUAGCUCCACUGACAAUCAGGAACAGACAGCACCACGUUAAUCACGAAAUACUUUAUUUUUAUUUUUUCCCCUCAUUGAUCAUUCCCUUUAGAAUGUAUAGAAAAUCUCCUGCUGUAAAUACGUUGUGUAUAUUUUUAUGUUCUCAGAAGUACUGUUAGAUCUUUGUCAAUAGAGAGACAAGGCGCGUGCAAGAGACACUUUUUGUCAGUGGAAGGCAUGUUAAUUUGUUUUCGAGCAUUUUUUUUCUCUCUUCUCAAAGUGAACUCUUUUUGCGAGUUAAUGCAGUCGAUUGUGCGUUACGAUGCGGUUUUACUCGAUAUAACCGUGGUGAUAGAAAAAUCCCUCUUUUUUUUUUUUAAGCAAAAGUUUAAAUAGAUUUUAGGUGGAGUUUCACCUAGUCCCCAUGAAACAGAGUAGUAGAGUGCUAUUUACUUCCAUAUGUGUGUAUUUUUUUGCCCAUUUUUGUCUACUCUGAUUAGUGUGAUGACGACAGGAUUAGGAUACGCCCACAAGUGCAGGAUGAGUCGUCAUUUCUACAGGAAAUGACAGACUGUAAAAUACUAUGAAAAAUACUUUUUUUUUUUUGGGUCAACUUUGAGCCAAAUACUGGAAAAAAAAAUAAAAAAAAUGUUUUUCUUUUUUUUAAAUUUUUUUUUAAUUGUGUUUGGUUUCAUGGGGACUCCGAUAGGUCGGUGGUGGACAUACACCACUAGCUACCCAUUUCAUCGUAACAAAUGUUUAAAAGCACAGCGCAGAGGAAUAAUUCUGCUUUUUAAAAAAUUCUAUCCCAUUAAAAUCUUCUUGAAAAACUUUUGAAUUCAGUUAAGCAGUUAAUGUACAAAACGGUUGGAGAUUCAUGAACUAUGAGAAGCAGUACUAUGGGUUUUGUUUUUGUUUUUUCAGUUUUAUUAACUCUUGUCCGUAACCUGGCCAUAAGUGUCCUUGUAUAAGCUAGAAAAAAAAUGUUUUGUGUAAAAAGAUCAGAAUUAUGAAUUUUUUGAUAAAACUAUUUUUGAAACAUGUCAUUUAAGGCACUGAUAUGUACAGGAUAUCAUAUGCAGUCGCUCUUGCUACCCUCAUUUAUCUCUGUACAAGUCGUUUGUGUCAACAUCUUUCAAAUACGGAUGAACUUUGACUGGCAUUUUCACACUUUGAAAAGAAUUUGACAAGGAAGCCCCCCGGCUUCACGAUAAGGCUGGUUAGGUUAAUUUGCAUGGUCUCUGACUUGUUGGGUCGAGUGAACUUGUUUUCUGAAUAAUGUGCAGCUUUAAUUGUAGCUGAUUGAUUUCAGUCAAGUAACCCAUAUAAUUAGAUUUUUGCAAUAUAUUAUGAUUUGUAAGCAAUCGGAUUCAAUUGUUGUUUUGAUUGUCGUGUGUCAUGUCCUUAUAAAUAAAAUAAUUCACAAUA